AUGCCUAAUUCUACCACAGUGACUGAUUUUCUGCUUGCAAGAUUUUCUGAUGUGUGGGAACUAAGAGUCUUGCACUCUGUGCUAUUUCUACUGACCUACUUGGCAACACUGCUGGGGAACCUUCUCAUUGUCACAGUCACCACCCUUGACCAGAGUCUUCACACCCCCAUGUAUUUCUUCCUAAGAACUCUGUCCGUCCUGGAUAUGUGCUACAUUUCUGUCACUGUACCUAAAGCAUGUAUUAUCUUUCUACUUGAAAGUAGGGUUAUCUCCUUGGUUGGAUGUGCAACUCAGAUAUUCCUUGUACUUUUGUUUGCUUCUGUAGAACUUGUGUUCCUCACUAUCAUGGCCCGAGACCGUUAUGUAGCUAUUUGCCAUCCUCUCCACUAUCCUGUGAUUAUGAACCCUCAAGUCUGUGUACAGAUGUCUCUGGUCUCUUUACUCAGUGGUCUCAUGUACUCAGGAUUACACACAGGCCUCACAUUCAGUCUUUCCUUCUGUCAAUCCAACAUAAUCCAACAAUUUUUCUGUGAUAUGCCUUCUUUGUUGAAGGUAUCCUGCUCUGACACUUUCAUUAAUGAGAUUGUAAUUUUUGUGUCUUCAGUCAUGUUUUCAGGUGGCUGUUUUUCCUUAAUCAUCAUGUCUUAUGUUCGCAUACUUUCUACAGUACUCAAGUUUCCAAUCAGAGAACAAAGAAAGGCUUUUUCUACCUGUGUUCCACACAUUCUCGUGGUAACAGUCUUUCUCAGUUCAGGUGCUGCUGUGUAUAUGAAGCCAACUUCCAACUCACCUUCAAUUCAGGACAUGAUCACUUCUGUGUUCUACUCUGUAGUCCCUCCUUUCCUAAAUCCUAUUAUCUAUAGUCUUCGGAACAAGCAAAUAAAGAUGGCUGUAUGGAGAAUUAUGAAUAGAAAGCUCUAUUCAGGAAAAUGA